AUGUCGUACGACGACCGCGCCAACGCGCGCCCCAACCUGAACGAUGAGUCCGAUGUUGAGGAGGAGGCUCUGGUCAACGACUACCGCGAGCAGGUCAAUUACGAUGAUAGCAUGAGCGAGCUGGACCGGACGACAUCCCUCGGCGGCCAAUCCCAGACUCAAGACCUCCAGGCACAACUCGCUGCGGCCGCUACCCCGCUGGAGUACCAGGCCACUCUAGAGACCAAGUUCGCCAGCUAUGAUAACUACUGCAGUCUCUUCCACUACAUUCUGAACUCGGAUGGUCCCGUAGAUUUGGAGGUUCCCUCGUAUUACUGGGCUUGGGACGUGAUUGAUGAGUUCAUCUACCAAUUCGAGUCGUUCUGCCGCUACCGCAACCGGGUCGCUCGCAGCGGGUCCAACGAGGAGGAGGCCCAGGUGCUCCGCGAGAACCCGAACACAUGGGGCUGCUACUCGGUGCUGAACGUGCUAGAGGACCCCAUGGCUUUCGCCGGCGAGUACGGUUCCCGGCCAUUGUACAAGAUGCUCGGGUAUUUCUCGAUCAUCGGGCUGCUGCGGGUGCACUGCCUGCUGGGUGACUUCAGCCUAGCGCUGAAGACUCUCGACGACAUCGAGAUGAACAAGAAGGCCAUGUUCGCGCGCGUGAUGGCCGCCCACUUCACCACAUACUACUACGUGGGCUUCUCGUACAUGAUGAUGCGGCGGUACGCCGACGCGAUCCGCAUGUUCAGCCACAUCCUGGUGUACGUGUCGCGGACGAAGAACUUCCAAAAGGGCGGCAACAGCUACGACGCCAUCGCCAAGAAGAACGACCAGAUGUACGCCCUGAUCGCCAUCUGCGUCGCGCUGCACCCGACCCGCCUGGACGACACCAUCCACUCGGCCGUGCGCGAGAAGUACGGCGAGCAGUUCUACCGCAUGCAGCGCGGCGGGCCCGAGGCCCUCCCCGUCUUCGAGGAGCUCUUCCGCUCCGCCUGCCCCAAGUUCAUCAGCCCCACGCCGCCGGACUUUGACAACCCAGCCUCCAACGUCGACCCCGUCGACCAUCACACCGCCAUUUUCAUGGACGAGAUCAAGAACACCCUGUUCAACCCCACUAUCCGCUCCUACCUGAAGCUCUAUACCACUAUGGACCUCAAGAAGCUCGCUGGCUUCCUCGAGGUCGAGCCGGAGAAGCUUCGCUCGUGGCUGCUUGUCAACAAGCAGCGCAGCCGUGAGAUCCGCUGGGUCGAGGGUGGUCUGCUGGACGGCGAGCCGGCUAUUGCCAACGACCUCGACUAUGCGCUUGAGAACGACCUCAUCCAUGUCAGUGAGACCAAGGCCGGCCGUCGUCUGGUCGACUGGUACCUGCGCAACCUUGCCCGUGUCUACUAG